AUGUCGGAGCCCUCGCCCCCUCUGACGUCUUCCGCGAGAAUAAGCCCAACGCAGCCGACUGGCCAGCCCGUGUCUUUGCCUGUAAGUGAGCCAGCAAAGCAUGCCAGACAUGCUCUUGGCUCUGUGGAACUGUGCUUGCCAACGCCUCGCGACACCUUAGUGGCCUCGCUCAUAUCUAUGGUCUUCAUGACGGCAGGCCUCUUGAUCUUCGCUGUUUCGGAGCAAGGACUGCCAGGCAUCUCCAAAAGCCACGGCCUUGCCGUGGUGUUUCGUGUUCUCGGCUGGACGGUCAUGUACUUCGUGCCUGUGCACCAAAUUGCAAUUGCGAACAUUCGCGGCUUCACAUUAACUAGCAUCCGCCCCGGUGACACCGCGCUCGUAUGCAGCAGGACCGGGCUGCAAACUUCGUAA